AUGAAAGUUUCAUCAUUUGCAGCAAUUGCCACUUUGUUGGCCACCACCACUACCAUGGUUCAGGCCGCUCCUGCUCCUGAAGUCGAAUACGUCACGGAAACUCAUAGAGUAACUGUGACUGCCGGUGCCAAAGCCGCUGUUGAGCCAACUAGCGUAGCACCUGAGCCUUCAACUUCAACUUGGGUCUUUUCAACAAGCAUUCAAGGCCACGAGAUUGUCUUUACCAGUGUCGUUGACCCUGCUGAAACAAGCCAACCUUUCAGAUCAUUAUGGGAAGAACACGUUGUGAUUCAAAGUGGAGAUUCCAUAACCACCGAAACUUUGGUUGUCAAGGCUAAUCCUACCACUGUGGUUACUUCAACUCUCAGUGCUAAUGAUGAUGCUGCUGCUCCUGCUCCGCUGAGCGUUGCACAAGAACAAGUCAAGACCGUUGAAACUUAUGCUGCUGCUGUUGAAAGCAAAUCGAGUGAGCAGCCCACCACUCAAGCUCAGCCAACUACCACCCGUUCCUCCCAAAACUCACCUGCUGCUUCUUCUUCAGCACCAGCUCCUGCUAAAGCCGCAGUUACGGCUUCUGCCAAUGUUGGAGGCACUCAAGAUUCAUCCUUCUCCAAGGCGAUUCUUGAUGCUCACAAUGCUAAGCGUGCCCUUCAUGGGGUCGGCGCCCUUUCUUGGGACCAAGAUGCUUACAACUAUGCCCAAAACUACGCUAACCAAUAUUCAUGUUCCGGUAAUUUGAAACACUCCGGUGGUAAGUUUGGUGAAAACUUGGCUGUUGGAUACCCUGAUGGACCAUCUGCUGUCGAGGCUUGGUACGACGAAGGUCAGACUUACAACUACAAUGCUGCCAACACUUUUGACCAUUUCACUGCCAUUGUCUGGAAAUCCACCACCAAGUUGGGAUGUGCCUACAAGGACUGUAGAGCUCAAAACUGGGGUUUAUAUGUGAUUUGCUCUUAUGACCCCGCUGGUAAUGUCAUUGGAUCCUCAAAGCAAAAUGUGUUGCCUCCUGUAUAG